AUGCAGCAAGAGGGAUUUGGCGCAGGUGCAUCCUCGGCCAACGCCGCGGUGCCGUUGCUGUUCCACUUUGGCAGUGCUCUGACACCGCAAAGCCUCCAUCGUGCGAGGUUCUAUGUGAAUCUCCUCGCCAACCCACCACCCCCACCGCACCCAUUUGGCACUUUCCUCGAAGAGGCAGCACAGGUGAGAAGUGCAUCACUUGCUGCCGUAACCUCGCGGAACGCUGCAGCACCAGCAGAAGUUGCUGAGGGUGAGGGAAUAGCAGCAACAGCAAGAGACGAUGACGCGGAGUUGCCGCCGUUGUUGGAGGUGCUGCAGCAGAGGUAUGGUCACUCCCCGGGCUCCGCACUGCACCGCAUGUGGGUCCAGAACCCACAACAGUACCUCUCGUCGAUGGCGCAGCGGAUCGCAGACCUUGUCACGAAGCGGGUGCUGCCUUUGAUCCUGGGCGGCAGGCAAGAAGACCGACACGUAUGCCUUGAUGCAUCCAACAACCACACGAACACUGCCGGCUCUGCGCAGGUGCAUGCUAGCCGUUACGACAUCCAUGUGCGCUUUCUCCCAUCACACACACCGCUUGCUAUGAUGGACGCCGCGCUCACGCAUGCAUUCUGCGCUGAGAUCGUUGUGCGGGACGUGGUCGCGCUGCAGCGUCUUGAAGAGGCGGCGGAACUGCUGCGCGCACAGUACACGUCAGUUGCAGCGGAAGGGCAGACGGUGCAGAGCGCACUAGCCUUUUGGCGUGGUGUGGCGAUGGACACCGUAGUCGAGGAUGACAGCAGCCCAGCAGCUGACGGCGCCACGUCAGCCGUCGUACUUGGCCGCAGUAGUGACUAUGCCGCGUCGAGACGAUUCGGCUGCUUGGCUAUGGAGACCGAAGCGGCUUCGUGGAUACAGCCUUCGCCCAGUGGGCGUUCACGUAACGCCGCUGGCGUGGCUGCGAUUAAUUCGUCCCGUCAGCGACAGCGAGCGGCGCCACGGGCAGAGGUGGUAGAGCCGCCGAGGGCAUUGCUGCAGAGUAGGGCCGGGCUUGUGGCAGUGCUCUAUCUCGCGUUCAAUGGUGCACUGUACACUGGCACAGUCUGUGGCGCGAGGAACGAGGGAAUAUCCCCACUGCCGAAACCCAAAGAGUCUGCAGAGCCACCACCAGCACCACCACCACCACCACCAGCGGCAGCAGCAGCAGUAGUGUCUCCAAAUCAAGCUGGCGCCGACGCAGACACUGGCAUUAAGGGUGUGGAGGAUCCGGUUUUCUAUCUCCCGUGUGCCGCCAGCACGAGUUUUGUGCGCGGGCUUCUUGGCCUGUAG